GCCUUGUUAAUUUUUGAUCAUCUGGUUAUUCUCGCUGGUCCGUUCGAGAAUAAUAUUCGUCACAAAAAUUUCCUAUAACUAAUUUAAUUUAAGUAUUAGACUGAACAAUGUGCAUGGAACCUGGGAGCGUACUUACUGCCUUAACUUAAUCCUUUGAAAGCUUUCUCUAUCUUCUAAAGAUAAUAUAAUGUUGUGGAAUGAGGAACGUGAUGAACGAGAUUUCAAAUUGACCUCUGAUAACAAUGGCAACCCCACUACCAGUCCCUAUUGCGGUCCUAUUCUUAUUCCGGAUGUAAUUCCUCACCUAUGCAAAUUCCUUGGAAUCGGAACCAUAAAAAAAUGCCGACUAGUCUGCAGGUCGUGGAAUUAUGAAGCGACCCCCGUGCUAAAGGCGAGGACACUAAUCGAAAUUAAACUUGCCUCUGGAAAGCAUGAUCAACGACGUCACAAGGAGUGGAGAUGGGAUACAGAAAUUGUGGAAAAGCUGGGAUUUAAUGCUCGUCUAAAAAUUUCAUCGUAUAAACCAAUGCUACCACCGCUGGAUCUCCUCGGUCGGAAAUGUUAAGUCAAUUGUUGUCCACUUUUACAUCAGAGAAGACUGGCAGAAGGACUUGUCUGAUAAAAUUAUAUUGAGUUCGGCCCCCACUCUGGAGGAAUUAAAGUACGAAUGGUAUUUUCAUCAAGAUUUCCCCUCAUGUGGGGAGGGCACUGUUUUCCCUAAAUUAAAAAAGCUAGUGCUCCAGUGUGGCCGGGUUCAAGCUCCUCGUCCUGGAAAUCUACAGUACGAAAUAAUUGGCCAAGCUAUUACGGCAGCGUUUCCAGCUUUGGAAUUCCUUAAAAUUGACUGUAGCCACUUGUAUAAAAUUUAGAAAAUUAAUAUGCUACAAAACUUCCCAUGGUAAGUUAGGGAUGCUCCUGUUUUUCGUGUCGUAGAUAUGUAUGUCAAGGUGACCUGCAUUCGUCAGCUAUUUAUUAUCUAUGUAAUUGUUUGGAAUUUAUGCACAUAUAACUGGUCGACUUUAUAACGAAGGAAACGUCGUGUUUGUAGGUUGAAAAUUAGGAAAAUAUGAUAUUUCUGACAAAUAUAAUAUGGUUGCACAUCGGUUAAAUUAAUCUGAUUUAAUUUUUACUUCCUUUUCAGAUCACUUCAUUCGCUGGAAUUGACUGGAAAGUUGAACGCAAACCGGUUAGAAUGUCUGCUCAAAAUUCCUUCUCGUUUAAAAAAACUUGACGUUAGCGCGACCUUUGAGACUGACCACCUUCGCGCCGACGAACUGUCAACCAUUCUGUACAAAUUGUUAAAGAAGCAUUCGCUCACUCUGGAAAAUUGUCUAUCCGUUUGGGCUCCGAUGAUGAAGAAACAGGUUGGAAAUUUCCGGCGUUUCCGGUCAUGAAAAGCUUCUGGAUUUAUCACAAUAAAACUAAAAAAGUUGGAUUUGAAUUUGAAAGUGGUCCAGGAUCAGGACGCUUUGGACGGAUUGAUUACAAGGUGUGCUUUCCAGUCUUGGAAAUCUUGUGCGUUCACAGUUACGACUUAUCCACUGUUGAUGCAUCUCUUCCGCCAGAAGGCAGCACAUGUACGGCGAUGAAAUCGUUGCGACGAGUGCACAUCAACCUUUUGUGGUAUACACGAACAGAGGAAUUAGCUGGCCUUUGCGACAGAUUUUUGGACGUUUUUCCAAACGCGAGAGUUUUGGGAAUUAAUCAUGAGAGGAAGUAAAUUUUAAGCAUAUAUUAUUUGGUCAUUUAUGUUUUGAGAUAAGUAAUUACUUCCACUCGAGAAUUGCUAUAUUAGUGUUGCUCGAAACGAACAUAUUUUUAUGAAGUUGUUACGAGAAUAAGUUGUAAUUUAUAAUUGAAUAAAUUUCCUAAAUAACAAUGUA